AUGCAAACAACAUCUAAAAGCGUAGCACGCGACAUUCAAACAGCAGGCAACAACCUCACAACAAUCUACUAUGGAUUGAAGAAGGCUCUUAACGAUGGAGACACGUCGAAAAUGAAACUGAACGGAAAAUCAAUCCCAUACAUCAUGGGGCAGAUUGAUGCUUUUCAAAAGGCGCUCAUCCCGAUGCAGAGAGAGUGGGUCAGUCAAAACGGACUCUCCGAGUACGGUGGCGCUACAAUCGAGCGCUUCUGUAAGGCGAUGGACAUACGCAAGGACACGUUCUAUCGGUGGAUGAGCAACAGUUCGGACUUUUCGGACGCUAUUAAAACAGCAAAGGACGAGUUCAAGCGGAACAUCGCAAAGACGGCCGAGGAGAGCCUUUUUAAGCUCUGUGAAGGCUACGACUACACGGAGACGCGCACCGAGUACGUUACAGAUAAAAAUGGCAAGCCAGUCAUCAAGAACCAGGUAAUGACCAAGAAGCACGUGCACCCCAACACUGCGGCGAUUAUCUUUGCUCUCACGAACGUUGACCCGGAGCGUUGGAAACAGCGCAACCAGACCGAGCUAACUGGCAAGGACGGCGAACCAAUCGCGGUCACUCGCAAGGGUUUGUCGAUGAAGGAGGCGCAGGAACUGCUAAAACAAACUGAGAUUGAUAUUUAG